UGGCUAAGGGAGAGGCUGAAGGCCGCGGGCUGCCACCUGCUUGCCCCGGUGGCUCCUCGGGCGCCUCUGUUGGUUUGUAGCAUCUUGACAGAUAGGGUAGAUGUUUGUCUGGGUGCUGAGUGAUGUCUGGCACGUGCUUGUGAGUCCAAAUAACACGUGCUUACUUUGAGAGAUGAGUUGUGAGAAUCUAGAAUUAAGGAGGAAUUGAAGAAGGUGAAUGACUGUUAAUCCCCAAAAGGAAUUUUUCUGAGUGACUCAGAGAGCACUGCACUAUGAAUGUCAUCACUUUUCACAGCUGAGGCAGAAAAAUACUUGCAGUACAGAUUGCAAAAGCUGCUGUUUUCUAAAGUAAUGCUUUUGGAUUUAUCAAAAACUCAACCCAGACCAGUUAUGUCCAGACUGAAGUCAGUAGCUUGACCAAAUGUGACCCAUGCUUUGAGUUGCACAUCAUUUUUUUUCAGUAAUCUUUCCUAGGAAAUGAAGAUAGAGAUUGCAUUAUGAGUCAGUUAUCAGGAGUCUGAUAGGAAAAGAUGGUUCAUGUUUGAGUAGAGUUUUUUACAAAAGCAUACAAUGCAGUCAGUGGUUACCACUGCCCUCCUGCUUGCCUUUACACGUGCUCUUGCAGCCUGCAUGCAAGUGACCGCAAUUCUUCCUUUUGCCAGGAAAUCAGGUCUGAAAGUGUCUCUCUUUUUGUGGAUUUCAGUGUCUGUACUUCAUGACUGUCUUUUUUCCCCUGUGAUAACAAACUUUUGGAGAAGUCCCAUGUAUUUCCUGAAGCUUCAUGGCUCGCAUGGUGGUACAGGCCCAGCUUGACAGUGGUAGGGCUGUGCAGUUCUGGUUCUUUAGGAAGCGUCAGUUAUAACUCUUAUUCAUGGGUAGGUGUCCUGGAGUUCUCUAAAACAUGUCCCAGAAACAGGUUGUAGGUUGUGGACCUUUAGAAUGUAUUACCACGUCUUCAGAUGACUUACUGGUGACUAUAGUGUCAUCAGUUUUAUAUUAAAAUGUAACAGCAAUCUCAAAAUGAUGCAAAAGACAUUGAUCCUUAUACAAAGUACAGGCUAAAGCAAAUUUUCUUUGGAUUUGUAUUUAAGGCAAGAAGAGGGUGAGGUUUGAACAAGUUUAGACUGACAGUUCAAAAUAAGAAAACCACUAGGUUUUCCUGAAGGAGGGUUCCUCUGCUCUGAGAAUCCACUCUUGGUUCUUGUAAACAUUCCACAACACUUCUUUGUCAGUGCCAUCAUCUUUAUAGAAGUUGGUACAAUACACUCUCACUGAUAUAAUGGGCUUGUUUGGAUUGAGAUUUCUGUAUUGAAUGUGGAAGGGACUAGAAUUUUCUUGCAGUUUUCCGCUUCAGCUCCCAAUUCUUUCAGUGCAUACUGUGAAGACUGGUUUAAACCUCAUUACAUAUAUAUCAGCAAGCCAGGUGAAUAAAAGGACUCCACCUAAGUAAAAAUGCUUUGCACCUGUAGCUUUAAUAUACAAUUUACUGUGCAAUUUUACUUUCUCUAAAGCUGUGUUAAAGUAAUUGUAAGAGCAGAACCCUGCCUUUUCUUGGUUUGUGUUACAGAACAGCAUGGUGCUCUCUGCAGCCAUCUUCAUCACGCUGAUUGGCCUGAUCAUAUACCUGCACUUUGUGAAGAUUGACCAGGAAUCCCUGCUGGUCAUCGGCUCACUUGGCAUUCAGGUGACUUCAUCCUAUGCCUCAGGGAAAGAGAGCACAACCUUCAUUGAGAUGGGUCAAGUGAAGGAUGUGGUUAUCAAUGAAGCCAUCCAUAUGCAAAAAGUUAUCUACUACCUGUGUAUCCUCCUCCAGGACCCUGAAGAUCCUCAGGGAGUAUCUGAGGUUGUGCCACUCUUUCAGAGCUCCCAGCCACGACUGGACUGCUUGAUAGAAGUGUACAAAAGUUGUCAAGAGAUCCUGGAGCAGAGGAAGACAGCUCCACAAUCAAGUGAAAUCAAAUAGCUGAAAAAAGCAGCAGACUUUCAGCAGGACUCAGAGGGAGACAUGGAAAAGCAAACAAAACUGCUCCAUGAGCAGAACGUUUAGGCUCAGCCGGAAGGCUCUUGCCUCUUGUCUUUCCAGAAAAGAAUUAUGGGGAAAUAGGGAAAAGGGAGAUAAGAAAAUGCAUCAAUUUUUUACUCUUUCUUGCAUCAAAAAAUUAUGCUAAAAUUAAAAAAUAACCUUGGCUGGACUGCCAUAAGUAUGCAUUCUUUGGUUUUUAUUUAACCCUUUGUUUGAAGAACACACUCUAAAUACCUAGAUAUCAUCUAAAGCUGAUGUGUGGGCUCAGAGAGUACCUUCCUGAUCACUGGAGAAUUUCAUAAGGACAAAAACAGAAAAUUUAACUCUUGCAUUCAGUUAUGUUUAAUUAAAUAAACAUAAGAGAUCUGAAGACUGACCUCUUCAGGGAGCUGCUUGAAAGAGUCCCAUGGGAUGGGGCCCUAGAGGGAAGAAGGAUCUGCAAAAGCUGAUAGUCAAGGAUAAUUUCUUCUGAAAUCAAGAACAGUCCAUCCCAAUGAGCAGGAAGUCAAGCAGAAAUGCCAGGAAGCCUGCAUGGAUGAGCAAGCUGCUCCUAGCAACACUUGAACACAAAAUGCAAGUAGACAGAAGGUGGAAUUAGGGACAGGUAAUUUGGGAGGAAUGUAGCAACACUGUUCGAGACGUAGUUAGAGAAGCUAAAGCCCAGCUGCAGAUGAAUCAGUUAAAGGAUGUCAAAGGCAACAAGAAUGGUUUCAGUAAGUGCUUAACUAUCAAAAGGAACACAGGAAAAAUGUGAACCCACUGCUAAAUGGGGCAGGGCUUGUUGACACAGGACAUGGAAAAGUUGUGGCAUUUAAAGGGCCACAUCUGUUACUCUGAGAAUGUGAGGCACAUGUGUUGUUGAAAAUGGUGGUAAUGUGAAUAAAAGUUUUAUUGAUC